AUGUUAAAACCCGGUUCCGAGCACCAGUGGCACCCAACACCCCAACAACCUGGUUUGCCUAAUGCUUACUUGCAUGAAGAGAAGAUUAGUCGACCGAGAAAGGACUUGCACUUUCUCUCAGCACCAUGCGCGCCCCACCAGGAAGGAUCAUCAGCCCCUCUGGCCCGGAAAGCGAUGCCUUGCAAAAUGGCUCAGGUUGAGCUCGGUGACCAGGAGACGAGCCUCAGCACUGGAACUGAGGAGCAUGAGCGCCAGAAUGACUACGAGGUUUGCUGGGAGGAGGACGAUCCAGCGAACCCGCACGCCAUGGCAUCGAAGCGCAAAUGGGCCAUCGUGAGUCUAAUCAUGGCAGAAUUUCACUGCUCUAGGACCGUCGCAACUCUCGGACUGAGUUUCUACAUUGCUGGACUGGGAUGGGGACCUUUAGUGAUGAGUCCAUUGUCGGAGUUCUACGGCAGAAGACCCAUCUACCUCGUUUCGCUUCCUCUAUACAUUGUCUUUCUUAUACCCUGUGCUGCUGCCCACAAUAUCCAGACAAUGCUAGUUGCGAGGUUCUUAGAUGGACUCGCGGGGGCGGCAUUCACCUCGGUCGCGGGGGCUACCGUGGGCGACAUGUACACCAAAAGCACCCUGCAUACCCCUAUGCUGCUAUACACAGCUUCACCAUUCACGGGGGCCAGCAUAGGACCCAUCCUGGGCGGGCUAAUAAAUACUUGGGCCUUAUGGAGGUGGUCUUUUUACUUUCUACUCAUUUGGUCAAGCAUCCAGUCUAUUCUUGUCAUUAUCUUCGUUCCGGAGACAUACGCGCCAGUGCUUCUUCGAAACAGGGCUCGCAAAUUGCGGCAGGAAACCGGCGACGAUCGAUGGAUAGCAGCAAUUGAAAAGCUGGAUAGAUCUGUCUUCAAGACAGUCCUUCAUUCCCUGUAUCGACCAUUCAUGCUACUUUUCCUGGAGCCGAUGUGUCUCAAUCUCUGCUUACUUUCGUCCAUCGCUCUAGGUGUCCAGUAUCUCUUCUUUGGAGCAUUCGGGGUUGUGUAUGGCAAUGCGUAUAAUUUCGGGUCAUGGCAGUCGGGACUGGCAUUCACUGGUCUCUUGGUAGGGAUGAUCAUGGCGGUCUUGAUUGACCCGUGGUGCUGCAAACUAUACCCCUACUUCUCCCGAGGCCACAAAGAGGAAGGAAAUAAUGGGAGCAAUGAGCCGGAAAGUCGUCUACCCCCCGCUGUCAUCGGAGCUCCACUCAUGACGAUCGGGUUAUUCUGGUUUGGAUGGACAGCCUUGCCCUCAGUCCAUUGGAUUGUACCUAUCAUCGGAAGCGCCGUGUUUGGAGCCGGAAUGAUCUUCGUAUUCCAAGGUGUCUUUACCUUUUUCGUGGAUGCGUAUCCAUUGUAUGCAGCCAGUGCGCUUGGUGCCAAUAGCUUUACCAGGAGUACCUUUGCAGCUGCUUUCCCUCUCUUUGGCGUGGCGAUGUACCAUAAGUUGGGCGAUCAGUGGGCUACAUCCCUGCUUGCUUUCCUGAGCCUUGCUAUGGCUCCGUUUCCGUAA